GAUCUUUUCAAUGGGACCACAUACAAGCAAAAUUUGAAAUCUUAAACAUAUUCCCAAUAAACAAAGUCAGCUUGCCUAUAUUCUAAAGGAGAUUCGUGAAGAAUAUAGAUUUCGGUAAAACAGUCUGACAGAAAGACUUUUUAAGGUACCAUGUGAGGAUAUUUCAAAAGGGCAAUCUAGCUGAUAUCACUUGACAAACUCCCGAAAACCGGGGGAUAUGAUAAUUUAUGCAUGAAAACAGAAAGCUUCUUAAGCUGUCUCUUCAAAUCUUUAUAUCAAAAAAUAAUUGUAAAAUGUUUUAAUUAGCCACCUUAAUUGACCUUUCUACGAUGAAAACAUGAAUGUUGUUUGAUCUUUUGCGGGAUUCAGCGACAAGGCAGUCCAGGACAAAGCAAUCAUUCCAUCGACCAGCAUAGGUGCUAGUCUUGGUCGAUGCCUUAAUGGCAAUGUUCUGUUACUAUGGUCAGACAUGAGACAUCUAAUUAAUUAUGCAUCACAUGACGAGACAGGAACAGCUUAUUGGUAGUAAACACUAAACAGCAAGUCAAUAUUUGCUUUUAACUGUGAAGCAAGGUGGGUGCAAUUCUGAUAAUACGAUGGAAGUUGACAUCAUUCGUCAAUCCAUUUGUAUUUUCAUAAUUUUCCUUAUGCCAGUUCAAAGUGCAACAUACUUUGAACUUAUAAAAGACGCAGAAUUUCCAAGCAAUGCAAAUACUGGCAAUCCUCUUGUGAAUAAAAGAUUUUUCGAAUGUGACCGCAAUAUCCUUUGCAAAUAUGUGGUCAAAAGCCAUGGAUCAAACGAACUGAAGAUUGUAUCUGAAGAGAAUGUACUGUUGUCACCUGAAAAUUUUGCAAAGAUAUGGAAGAAGUUUCAAAUAGGUGACAUGCAAAAUCUUGCUUUGGAGAAAGCUGUGCGCAUGGCAGCCAUUUUCGAUAACACAACAGUUGCAUCGAAUGCUGUAGAUGGAAAUAGGAGUACAGACUUCUUUUCCUGUGCACAGACAGUUACGGGUAGCCCUGCUUGGCUGCAAGUUGAUUUGGGAAAGAAAGCAGUUGUCAAAUCUGUCCAUGUAAUAAGCUUAGAAGUUCCCAUUAGAUCUAUGAGCCAAUUCAAUAUAAAAGUUGGCCAAAGCACUGAAAAUGGAGGACAAAGCAAUUCUGCAUGUGGAACAGAAAUAACCAUUCCUGAUUCAGACAAUGACAUAACUGUACAGUGUCCGGAAAACACAGUCGGACGUUACGUGUCGAUUACUGUAAACGGUUACAUUGAAGUUUGCGAGAUUGAAGUGCAUGGAUAUUUCAUAUCCUGAGGAAAAUAGGGCAAAUUUAAAGCAAAAGAUUAAAGUCUUUCUCAAGGAGCGAUAACUUAAUCAAAGAGAAAGCCUCUUUUGCAAGGAGCCUUGAUACUAUGACUUAAGCCCGUACAAUGUUAACUUAGCAGUUGCAACUAAUGUCCUUCUACUCUUUGGAUAAAUGUACCUAGGCCUUUCUGAACCCUUAACCUGAUGUUAAUAGCCCUUUGCCGGUAGUCAAGCUCGACCCUUAACGUGUCUUUACAUUACAGGAGUGCACAUUUUUCACUAUGUUUUAAUUUCUCUCUUCACCUUUUUGCUUUGUAAACUUUUUCUAGCCCUCUAUUCACUCAGGACUUAAAGUCUAAGUACAAUAAGUACAAGAGAACAUCAAUUGUCAACAAUUAAUGCACAACGUUCAGCUAUUCCACCACCUAACUGCUUAAGAAAAUACCUCUUCACACUAGAUAGACGAAAAACUACAAGCCUGCAUAUAUGGUCUUGGGGUCAAAUCUUCAACGACCUCAGAUGCAAUUUACGCGGAAUUAGGCAGAAUUGAUAUAUUAGCUAUGAAGCAUAUUGCCUUGAUUAAAAUUUACUUCAGAUCAUGUAAUUUAAGUCUGGAACGCUACGCAAAACGCGCUUUCCUUAUGUUAUCAGAUGAUGCUUUGACUGGUGUUGAAACCUGGGUUUCAGAUAGCAAGGAACUGAUCACAUUAUACAACAUUUAUGUCUCUGAUAGUGCACCUGCUAUUCAAUCUAAGGUAAUGCUUCUCUUCACUUCAAGCCCCAUGAAAAAAAUCAAAGGCCACAUCAUUAACGAAAAGAAGCUAUGGACCUAUGCUCUAUUCAAGACUACUUUUAAGUUUGAAAAGUAUCUUGAUAUUAUUCCAGAUAUUAAGACAAGAAGCAUGUUUUGCAGAUUAGGACUUGGUUCUCAGAACCUGCAUUUUUAUUCAGGCAGAUAUGGCAACAAGCCUACCCCUAAGGAUGUAAGAAUCUGCAGAUAUUGCGAUUCAAUCUUCAUCCACGCUAUUGAAGACCAACUUCGUUUUGUAAUGGUUUGCCCCUUUUACUCUGAAGAACGGAAUAAACUGUUGGUGAAAAUGGAAGAGUGGUAUCCCUAUAUAAGAAAUCUUAGUCAUGAGAACAAGUUUAUUUGUAUGAUGAGUCAAGAAAAUACUGAUUUGAUUCAAAUUCUUGCGAUAAAAGUAACGCUAGCAUUCCAAAAGCGUGAAAUUUAUUAGACCUUACGAAAAAAAUAUGCUGAUCAGCUUGCUGUUAUAUAUUUAAGCUGUUAUAAUUUUUGUAGCCAUCUGUUGUAAUAUUUUAGAAGUAGCAAUCUUAAUUAAUCAUUUAAAAUUACGACGUUUUGUUCUGUUGUAGUAGAUUAAGGGCCAUUUCGGCCUAUAAAUCUAUUAUUCAAACAAUCUUUUGGUGGUACAAAACUUGAAAAUGGCUUUGAAAAAAGCAAACAUUUAGUAAACUAAAACUUUUCGUCUGACACUCUUCAGAGUUUAAAACGUCAGAACGAAGACCGAAAACUCUACGCUAGGAAAUAUAUAUACCCAGUUGUGGAUCGAAAUAGGCCAAUCAGAAACACGAGCACACGACUGUUGAGGUCAGAGGCGGACUGGCAGCAAAUCUCUCAGGUUGCUAUAUACAGAAAUGAUAUGUACCUGGAAACCAUGCACCUAUGAAAUAUUAAAAAGAUCCCAGUUUUUUAUCAUUUUGAAAUGUUCAUCUGCUAUAUUUGUUGGUGUGUAGCCCCUUUGUUCUAACAAUAAAUACUUUAAGACGAAAAUGCAAAAAAAAAGGAACAAACUCAAUGCUGUUGUGCACAGUUGAUGCUUACAAAAAUGCAAAGGAAGAGACAUAUAUGCACUGCGAGCGAAGCGAGCAGAAAAUUUUUUCGGCCACGCCCUUUAAAUUAACUUGAAACACGAUUCAGAAUACUUUUUACGGUCGUUUACCUCGUUUUACAAAAUUUUAGGCAUACUUUGUUGCGUUUCGUUAAAAUUCAGUUCUUAAUCUGGAAUUCCUUGCUUUAAGAGGACCCCUAGACCUCGAGGCCCAGGGGCAUUUUGCCCCUCCUUGUCCCCCUCUCGGAAGCCCUGUUCAUAUUCCCUGUUCAUGUAAAUGUUGACCUCCUCUAAUUUUAAACUGUGAACUUGAAUAUACAGGUAAGUGAGGCAUUUUCUCACCAAAGAUUUUGUUCAUAUUAAAUUUUUUGCUCGGUUUUACAAACUCAUUCGAAAGGGGGCCACCGAGAAAUUUCCCUGUGUCCCGCCUAGCUACAACGCCCCUGGUAAGCAAUACUGAAAUGUUUUCUUUCUAAGGAUUUUAUCUUCAUUUCUGUCACUUGUAUUCUCUUGAACAUAGAUAUCUUUGAAAUUAACAGAGCUAUUUUCUCGAAUGUAUCUACGGAGG